CGUAAGCGGAGCGGCGAGCAUCAGACAGACCAUAAUAAAACCAACUGCUUAACACUCGCUUUGACCAAAAGGAAAUUCGCAGCUCAAUCAGGACGCAGCUUUAGUCUGAGUGCUGCCAGAACCAAGAGAACCGCACCAAUGGAUCCUACUCUGAAUUUUUCGGAACAAAAUAAACAAGUCUUUCACAAGUCUUACCACCAAAACUAAACGAAGCAAACCGAAUACCUGGAUGAUGAUAAGCAAAAAUCCAUUGCAAUUAAAAGCUUUUAUUAAGUGGGAUUUGCAAUAACAGAAACAUAUUUGUCUUUUAGUGCCCUGGCACCCUGCGCGUGUGGAAGGAAUGAGAUGUUGGCGUCGGCAUCAGUGAACAAAAAUCACAGAGUGGACCUCAGCAAUACAGAUCAAUGAAGAAUGUGGAGGUGCUUGGGGGUACGAUCCAGAAAGAGUUCAUGAAGCCCUCGGUGGUAUCAUGCGUCUUCUCCCCGAGCCCAGCGCGCAGUCUUUACGGCUCAUCUUUUUACUGAUAUUUGUAAUGGGGGUGGCACCAUCACCCGCGCUCACGGCCGGCUGUCCCGGCCGCUGCAUGUGCGACGACCAGCUGGUGGUCCAGUGCGUCGGGCAGCAGCUGACCGACUUUCCUACCGAUCUUCCGCUGGCCACCCGGCAGCUCAUUAUCUCCAACAACCGUAUAGGGGAACUACCGGCGCUACAGCUCAACUACCUGUCCGACCUGGUGUACCUGGACUGCAGCAACAACUCCCUCACAGACAUCACGGAGUCCACCUUCGGGAACCUGCGGAAGCUCGCCUAUCUGGACCUGUCUUUCAACAUCUUAAUUAACAUAGACGACCGGACGUUCGGACCCUUGGCCAGCCUGGUGAUGCUGAGGAUGACGGACAACCCAACUCUGUCUGAGAUCCACCCGGACGCCUUCGCCGAGAACUUGGCCCUGCAAGUACUGGACAUCAGCAGGAACAACCUGACAGCGCUGAAUAUCACCACCCUCAUAGCCUUGCCGGCGCUGCGAUCGCUGGGCAUCAGCGGGAACCCUUGGCGAUGCGACUGCGACACCGAGGACCUGUGUCUCUGGGUGCAGAUCGAGGGAUUCAAGUUUCAAGAUGAAGGGCAGAUCGUGUGCCAGGAUCCCCCGGACAUGAUGGGACAGCGCCUCUCAGAUGUCGGCAUGCAGCUGCGGACGGACUGCCAUCAGACCCUCGGCUACUGGGACUACCUCUUCUUCAUCGCCAUCGGCUUUGUCAUCUUCUCGACGGGCACGGUGGUGGCCUGGGUCAUGGGCGUGUUCAUGGUGCUGUACGAGCGCUACAGCAAGCUACGCAGUGAGAAGCUGGAUCGCGAGGCUGAGGAGCGUCUUCGCCAGGUGUAUCGCGCCAACGUGCAGGGCAACGGGGACCUCAAGAAGGCCGGCCUGCAUGUGUGACACCCCCAGGCCAGGAGGUGGGGGGGGGGCCACGCCAUGCUGUCUCACCAUCUCAAUGGAACUGGCCACUGAGUCGGCCUUGAUGUUCCCCGGUCUGUUCUAGUGUGGAGCGGGGAAGUUGGCGUGGACUGGGGGUGUCCUCACCAAUCAAUAAACAAUCUUCAGAGGCGUGAAGAAGCACUCCUCUCGUUGUUGAGGUUUUCUGCCAUAGUAGCGAGCAGACUGUUGACGGUAUUGAAGGUAUUUGAGUCUUGGAGGAUGUCAGACUCAUACUUGGGUCAAUUAGGAUAGAUCAGCCAUGUAUUAUAGUCACUUAGAACAUUACUGCUUCUCAUCUAACUGGGAUAGGGUCAUCACACGGCAUAACACUGCAUUUUCUGUGGUGUCUGGGGGUGUUUCCAAACUGGAUAAGAAAAAAAUAACACCAACCACAGUAAAAUCUACUGUAAAGCAAAAGGAGUUGUGAUAUGUGAGCAGCAGGGUGGAGAAAAGGAGUGCUGGGUGACUCCACAUCACCAGGUUGACUCUUGUUCCACAGACAGCACCAAAAGCCUUACAGGAUGUAAUUAUUCAGCAAUAAUGCCUUGACAGGUCAAGCACUGAGUGGUGGAGUCAGUCCUGCGUGGCGUAAACUCAUUUGUUUGUUCCGCAGAAUUUGUUUUUAGGUCUUUAAGUUUUGAGGUGUGAUGAAACUCAGUCAAGUGCAGAACUUCUGCACACCGUGCAAGUCCCUCACCUAAUCAACCACCCUCCCCCACCUGCAGGCCCUGAGGUUUGACUGAUUCUGUACAUAGUUUUGCAAACCUCAGUUUCUGGUUGAGUCCCAAAGGUCUUGGCCUUACAGGGUCUGAGCCUUUGAUCUGGAGUAUCCUACAUUGCCUCUCCAUCCCCAUCAGUGCCUCCAUUGGGACAUUGGCAUGCGGGUCAGUGCUUUGAGUGCUAAUGACAUGUACAAAGUGUUAAUCUGUUCUGGAACCGCAGAUAUAAAUACCAAACGAUGAUGGGAAGAGGAAAUUAGCUGUGUUCGGGAGGUAUGGUGGUCCUGAGGCAAGGAUCUGAUGUUCUGAGCCACGUCUCCAUGGAUACCACCUCACAGCCCUACGUAUGCGGUCUCAGGAGCUGCUGGCUGUCCAGACUUGGGGACCAGGGGUCCUGACAUCUGCCCUUUAUUCUGUGAACAGCACGGUGGGGGGGCUUUCGGUGCCUGUGAAAACCCUCUCAUGGGUUCGUAGGAAUGCACGCAGUGUUGUAGGAAUGAAUGUAAAGUGAUUCAGCCCAUCUGGGCGGUAAGACAUCCUGACAGACCCUGGAACAUGCAAAGUGCUGUAACCGGUUACUGUGACAUGUAAGGGGGCACUCUCUGGGGUGAUGUAUAUUAAUUUAAUGUUUGCACUGUCUGGGGGAAUACUGUGGUUCUCUGCCACAAACACAGAUGUCUGGUGUUCCGAAAGAACGCCGUACAGAAUAUUCCCGCCUUUGUACUGUUUGCUGUGAAAUUAGCGGAUUAGAGAUCCCCAUUCUCCCUCAAAGAAGGAAAAAGCUGCACUGAAGUUGAACAUUUUUGAUAAAAAAAAAACAAAAAACACGAUUCUUCAAAAGAUUUAAUUGACAGAAUUAGGAAAGUGGCAUCUACUCGAGUCCCCGGGCAGAAUGAAGUCGGCUACCCUAAACGUUUCUGCUGUAACUCGAUGUUGUGUGUUUUGUACACACCAUUCCUCACACAUCGGCUGCAAUUAUGCUUAGAAGUAUCGCUCUCAGCUCUCCUGAAUAUUUAUAAACUCCCGCCAGACCUCUAUAGGUUCAAUUAUUUAGGGCGAGCAAUUCAAAUGUCAAGAGUCAGAUGUCCCAUUGGAGAAUAAGGAGGCUCUGGUGUCUCUGGGUGGGUUCCUCUCUAAGAUUAACAAGUUGGACCGUGGCGUCCUGCCUCGAGUGAGCGGGAGAGAGAUACGUCUGGACAGGAGAAUUCUCGGGUUCUGGCGGGGUUCUUCCGGUCUUACCUCGCCAGCCCCGACCGAGAACUCUCCGAGAAAGGGACAGCUGAAGUCCGCUUCCCCGCCCCCUUUUUCCGGCACCUUCCCACAAAUCCACGAGUAACUGGAUCAUGGCCGCAUGUGCCAGAGGUGACAGAUGUGUACCUGCCAGCCAACUGGGUCCCGGUGGCCGGCGGAAUCUGAACACCUGCUCUAAAAAUAAAGACGCUUGCCGGCCGUCACACAUUCCCUGUCCUGUGCAGUAUACCUCCUUUCCCUUCUGCCACCACCAUACACCAUGGAGCUUUUAUGGGGGGAGCACUUGGUGCCAGGAGCUCAUUUGCCGUCGGUUCUGAUGGAGCGCCAGUGCGGGGCGAUUUAGCGCCAAGGUCCCUGUAACAUAGCAACGCACUGAAAGGGGGCGCCGUCGUUUGGGGCCUUUGAAAUGAUGUGGCACGCGUCCGCUGUCCAAACUCGGCUGCCAAGGCGGGAAGGUAUUUCAUUUUGCACUAUCGCCUUCCAGAAAGUUAAUUUCUAGGUUUUUUCCUACACAGGAAUAGAAUCACAUAAAAUCUCACAUUUGGCAUCUUACACAGUUCAUCUUCAGGAGAGGCUUCAGCACUGCCCGUAUGGCCGUAAUUCACACACACGCUCUCCUAGAGCACUCCUUCUCUCUCUCUCUCUCUCUCUCUCUCUCUCCUUCUGCCCUCUUAAUCAUACUGAAAAGGCCCGGGCCUCCGGGUCUCCAUAGCCGCCCGUUAUUCACAGCCUCAUCCCUCUAUCCUCCAUCAUUUAUUCCCCUUCAUGUGCGUUUCUUAGGCUGCUCUGUCCACUUGUCUCCAUGUCUCCAUCAGCAAUGAAUGAAAUGAAAUCAGCUACAGACUAACAUACUAACCCCAUUGUUUGUUUGUCAGGGUUCUGCCUUUAAAAACUUCUGUAACUUAUAUUAAGUGAAAAUAACACAUUAUUAUCUCUGAAAGAAUAAAGAAGGUAUUUUUUUUACACUCUGAUAUGGCAUGCCAGAGAAUGGGAGGACAGUUCGGCUCCUCUGAUUGGGUGAUGGGGUGAUGGGGAGAGGGAGACCGGUUCGGCUCCACUGAUUGGAUGGUGGGGUGCUGGAGAGCGGGAGACCGGUUUGGCUCCUCUGAUUGGAUGAUGGGGUUCUGGAGAGAGGGAGACCAGUUCGGCUUCUCUGAUAGGCCACUGGCCUCAUCUUGUCACAGACUCCUUCGUUACUCGCUCACGCGUGGACGUGUAUGGCCUGCUGACAUUGUACUUUUUCAAUAAAGGUCA